GGCUGUGGUAACUAGUGACAACCGUUUCCUACAGAGAGCAUCAGCUGUUGAAUAGCAGUAACACAAGACAAAAGGCACCGUAGUGAAUGAAGGUAAAAAACACAAUUUAGCUAGCUACUUCUUGAUCAUAGGAUAUGUGUCUUACCUACUGCAAAUUCGGUUUGUAUUUUCAUUCCAUCUUCGCGAUUCUAACUAACUGGCCAAAUUAGCUAGGUAGCAAACUUGAACUUGUUCUGCUUGCUAGCUAGCUAGCUACUGUUCUUUAACUCUGAAAGUGAAGGUCAGAAUGGAUCAGCUCAGCUAGAAGAUAAUGGUAAAAGAACACGCACUGUUUGUAUCCUGACAAUACAUACUAUUAGAGGAAAUAGUUGUUGUCUUGGACAAUUUCCUUGUAAGAGACCGGUUAGUUAAAUAAAAUUCUAGCUAUACUUGCAUUAUAUUAUACACUGAUGUUGUCUGUGUAAUCUUAUCAUAUGCUGUCUAUCCAACAAUAUUUUUCAUAAUUUCCUUGUCAUUACAGUUGUCUAGUUUAUUUUAUUAGAAAAUGAGAAUGGGAUUAUUAUAGGCAAGCAGUCAUGGGAAAGCAUUAAUGUAAGCCUAACCAUAUAGUCAGUCCUCUGAUCCACCUUGCACGCGAAUGAGAGCCAUGUCUCCUGAGGAUCCCUACCAGGACUCUUUAGAUGAUGAUCUAGACGGCUUCUCCGAGCCUGGGAGAGGGAGCAGGAUACGCAGCAGUGUCUACACCAAAACCCCAGAGAUGGAGAGUAACUGGUGAGGCCCAUGAGACACAGUUUUAUUAAGGGAUAGUAAACAUUGAGGCCACACACACUUGCCCACAAAUAGCUUUCAGUGUGGAUCCAACUGAUUUCAAAUCCUCUCUCUCUCUCUUGUCGUUAUACUUAGCUAUGGAGACUAUGGAGCCACCGUGGACAAAAGUCCCCUGAUGAAAACAUUGAUGGAUGCAGAAUCAGCGGCCAACUCUGCAGCCGUACAGCUCAUGUCAUUCAAGGAGACCCUGGAGGAUGAUUUUGCUGUAUGUGAAGUCCUGUAUAAUUGAUAUGCUGACAGUGCACCUGUCAUUAUUUUGAGAUGUACAACAUGAUAUCAAAAUGUUCAAUUCAUUAACAAUGUUUAAUGUGUCAAAAGCAGAAUGUAAUUUAUCCUUCUAUUAUAAAGGACUCAAGACACUCUGCCUCUGAUAACCGGCGGAUGUCAAGGCAGAGAGGCCUUCUGCUGGAGAAGUUGGAGGUUUUUAAACGGAUUAACAAGUCUGUUCGACAGCAACUCAAAGACCUGCAGGAUGCAGAGGUUGGUCUUAUCAACCAGUUAUAAUCUGAUGGCUAAUGACUACUACUUUGAAUGACUGUCAGGUUGCAAUUUAUAAGGGGGUCAUGCUUAUGACAAGUUUUACAAUGCAUUAUAACGGCAACAUAAUGCAUUAUACUGACCUGUGGACUAAAGGAAACUGUUAUUGCAACUUUGUCUUUUUAACUGUUGCUUGAAAUAACAUGAUUUGACUACCUCUUUUUGUCUCCCUUUUAUUAGGCAUCUCGAAUGGAGACAGACAAACACAUCGAUCUCUUACUAAAGAAGCUUACACAGGCUGAGUGUGAUAAUCUGGUAAAUUGCUCCUCAUUUGGGUAAAAAAAAAGAGAACUUCAGACACUCCAGAGCUGUAUGGUCUGCCAAUAUGUUAAGCUCCUCUUGGCAGAUUAUACAUUUUACAUUUUAGUCAUUUAGCAGAUGCUCUUAUCCAGAGCGAUUUACAGGAGCAAUUAGGGUUAAGUGCUUUGCUCAAGGGCACAUUGACAGAUUUUUCACCUAGUCGGCUCUGGGAUUCUAACCAGCAAUCUUUCGGUUACUGGCCCAACACUCUUAACCGCUAGGCUACCUGCCCCCCAGAGGGUAGGGUAAUUCAGUGCAGUAGUUCAGAUGGCUCAAUGGGUUGAAACAUGGUGUUAGCUACAUUAAGGUUGGGGAUUUGAUUCAGUCCUGCAUGGGCCACAUGUACUGAACUUGUGUUCUAACUUUGUAAGACACUUGGGAUAGAAAAGCAUCUGCUCCUGUUCACUAUACACAUUUGUCAUUUUACAGUUGUACUGUGAGUAAGAUCAAAUGUUUUUGUUGUUCUUUUGUUUCCACCAGCAUUUGAAAAGACAUUUGAAUGAUAAAGAAAAAAGGGUGGAUGAACUGAUGGGUUUGAGGAAGAAAGAAAUGGUAAGCUUUGGCCUUUCAUUUCACAUGAAAUAUGGUCGCAUCUGAAAUUAUUGGCGCCCUUGAUAAAGAUUAGCAAAAAUUACUGUUUAAUAUAAAUGAUACAAAUACCAAGCUAUAUUGUAUGCUCCAAAAAAUGGGGAAAUUCUAGUAUUUUAUACAAAUACAAUUGCUCAGAGAAAUAUAUUUUGUUUAACAAGUUAAAACAAAUCAAAAAAAGAUAGGUGUCAAAAUUAUUGGCACCCCUAACAAUUCUUAUAUAAUAAAAAUAAUUAUAAUCAACUGCAUUAACAUUCAAAUUUUUAAGUCAAUCUCAGCUUAAUGAACUGUAUUGUGGCCUUUCAUGGUUUCCUGUUUCACACAAAUUUGGUAACACGCAUGUAAAAUCCAUUUGUCAUCCAUCACCAUGGGGAAAGGCAAAGAACUUACAAAUGAAAAGAGAAAAAUGAUUGUUGACUUUCAUAAAUCAGGCAAUGGGUACAAAAAAACGACUGAAAAAACAAAUAUAUCAGUAUUAAUGCAACAAUUAAGAAGUUUAAAACCACUGGAACUGUGGUAAACUUGCCUUCUAGAGGACCCAAGUGUAUCUUAUCCCCACGCACAGUGGGGAAGAUGGUUCGAGAGGCAAAAGAAGUCCAAGGGCCACAGUUGGAGAUUUGGGGUCACGAAGUCUCCAAAUCUACAAUUAGACACCACCUCCAUGCCAAUAGUCUGUUUAGAAGGGUUGCCAUACAAAUAGCCUUAAUUGAGAGCAACCAACAAAUGUAAACACCUGGAGUUUGCUAAACGUCAUUGGCACAUGGAUUGGAACCAUGUGCUAUGGUCAGAUGAGACUAAAAUAAAGCUCUUUGGCCUCGAACACCAGUGGUGGGUUUGGCCUCUAAAGAAGGAUGCAUAUUCAGAAAAUAACCUCAUACCUACUGUAAAAUAUGGUGGUGGAUCUUUGAUGUUAUAUGGCUGUUUUGCUUCCAAUGGUUCUGGGGCCCUUGUCAAUGGCAUCAUGAACUCUACCAAGUAGAAGGACAUUUUAGCCAAAAACCUGGUUCCCUCUGCCAGGAGGCUGAAACUUGGCCGCAAGUGUAUCUUACAGCAAGACAAUAUGACCCCAAGCACACAUGAAAAUCCACAAAGAAAUAGUUAAUUUACCACAAAAUCAACAUUUUGCAAUGGCCAUUUUCAUUUUCCUUACUUGAACCCCAUUGAAAACCUGUGAUUUGAAUUGAAGAAGGCAGUUCAUAAGCGCAGACUGAAGGAUAUCAAGGAACUGGAAAGAUUCUAUAUGAAGGAAUGGUUGGUCUAAGAUCCCUCCCAAUGUGUUCUACAAUCUCAUAAGACAUAGAAAAAGGCCAACUGCCCUUAUCCUCACAAGCAAUUGCAUUAAUGUAAAUAAGACAAAUGUUAUUUGAGCAUACAAUAUAUAUCUCAGUAUUUGUAUUUAUUUCAUAUGGUGUUUUUUGCUCAUCUUUAUCAAGGGUGCCAAUCAUUUUGGAUGUGACUGUACAUAAGAGAUGACCACAAUUUGUACAUGAUAAAACAUAUUGUAUUAAAGGUUUAAAGGUAUAAAUCAUACUGUAUGAAAGCAGUGUCCUCACACCAUCUCGUUCUGCUUUGAUGCGCCACAGGAGAACACAGAGAAUGCGGUCCAUGCCACCAAGUCUGUGGAGACCACGCGCGCUCACCUGCAGGGCCAGCUACACAGCAAGGAGGCCGACAACAACCGUCUCACCGUGCAGCUCCGGGUAACACACAAGUUCAGGCAUCAGUCUAUCAGUCAGUCAAUCAAUCACUAUAUUGUCAGAGUUGGAAAAUGUGUAUUUCUAAGCCCUAGCCAUUCUCUCUGUAGAAUAAGACGGAUAAAGUAAAGGACACAGUUUGCAGUCAGUAUUAUGCUUCCAGCCUGUGUGUGUGAUGUAUGGGACGGUUGGGAAGAAAGACAGCAAAAAGUAGACAUUUCUGUUUCACAAAGAAUAGUGGGCAAUAAUCUUCUACAACCCAUCCAAGAUGGACGUCGUCCAUGAGUGAAAUCCUAUUUGUUUUCACCAGGCUAGAGAUAAGUAUGUACAGUUGAAGUCAGAAGUUUACAUACACCUUAGCCAAAUACGUUUAAACUCAGUUUUUCACAAUUCCUGACAUUUAAUCCUAGUAAAAAUUCCCUGUCUUAGGUCAGUUAGGAUCACCACUUUAUUUUAAGAAUGUGAAAUGUCAGAAUAAUUGUAGAGAGAAUUAUUUAUUUAAGCUUUUAUUUCUUUCAUCACAUUCCCGGUGGGUCAGAAGUUUACAUACACUCAAUUAGUGUUUGGUAGCAUUGCCUUUAAAUUGUUUAACUUGGGUCAAAUGUUUCGGGUAGCCUUCCACAAGCUUCCCACAAUAAGCUGGGUGAAUUUUGGUCCAUUCCUCCUGACAGAGCUGGUGUAACUGUGUCAGAUUUGUAGGCGUCCUUGCUCGCACACGCUUUUUCAGUUCUGCCCACAGAUUGCUAUAGGAUUGAGGUCAGGGCUUUGUGAUGGCCACUCCAAUACCUUGACUUUGUUGUCCUUAAGCCAUUUUGCCACAACUUUGGAAGUAUGCUUGGGGUCAUUGUCCAUUUGGAAGACCCAUUUGCGACCAAGCUUUAACUUCCUGACUGAUGUCUUGAGAUGUUGCUUCAAUAUAUCCACAUAAUCUUCCUUCCUCAUGAUGCCAUCUAUUUUGUGAAGUGCACCACUCCCUCCUGCAGCAAAGCACCCCCACAGCAUGAUGCUGCCACCCCCAUGCUUCACGGUUGGGAUGGUGUUCUUCGGCUUGCAAGCGACCCCCUUUUUCCUCCAAACAUACUGAUGGUCAUUAUGGCCAAACAGUUCUAUUUUUGUUUCAUCAGACCAGAGGACAUUUCUCCAAAAAGUACGAUCUUUGUCCCCAUGUGCAGUUGCAAACCGUAGUCUGGCUUUUUUAUGGCCGUUUUGGAGCAGUGGCUUCUUCCUUGCUGAGCGGCCUUUCAGGUUAUGUCGAAAUAGGACUCGUUUUACUGUGGCUAUAGAUACUUUUGUACUUGUUUCCUCCAGCAUCUUCACAAAGUCCUUUGCUGUUGUUCUGGGAUUGAUUUGCACUUUUCACACUAAAGUACGUUCCUCUCUAGGAGACAGAACGUGUCUCCUUCCUGAGCGGUAUGACGGCUGCGUGGUCCCAUGGUGUUUAUACUUGCAUACUAUUGUUUGUACAGAUGAACGUGGUACCUUCAGGCGUUUGGAAAUUGCUCCCAAGGAUGAACCAGACUUGUGGAGGUCUACAAUUCUUUUUCUGAGGUCUUUCUUUUGAUUUUCCCAUGAUGUCAAGCAAAGUGGCACUGCAUUUGAAGGUAGGCCUUGAAUUACAUCCACAGGUACACCUUCAAUUGACUCAUGAUGUCAAUUAGCUUAUCAGAAGCUUCUAAAGCCAUGACAUCAUUUUCUGGAAUUUUCCAAGCUGUUUAAAGGCACAGUCAACAUAGUGUAUGUAAACUUCUGACCCACUGGAAUUGUGAUACAGUGAAUUAUAAGUGAAAUAAUCUGUCUGUAAACAAUUGUUGGAAAAUUACUUGUGUCAUGCCAAAACUAUAGUUUCUUAACAAGAAAUUUGUGGAGUGGUUGAAAAACAAGUUUUUAUGACUCCAACCUAUGUGUAUGUAAACUUCAGACUUCAACUGUAGAUAUGUUGAAAGUUUAAACAGUCAGUGUGUGUUCCCUCUCUUUCUUUCUCCCAGGGUUUGGAGAGGCAGCUGACUGAGCAGAAGCUGGAGAUAGAUGGUCUGAGGAGGGAGAUCUCUAGUGUCUCUGAGAAGGCAGAACAGGAGAAAGAGGCCCUGAAGAAGGCCACCCGUGCCCAAAAACAGAGGGCCGAGAGGUUCGAAGCUGCUGUGGAUAAAUGUUAUACUCAGCUGAGGGAGAAGGUAUGUGUGGGUAAUGUUGGGAAUCAGUUUCUCGGUCACCAUUUUCUCCUCAACUUAGAUUCUCUUCACCAGAGUUUUGUUCAGUAUGGAGAACAUGUUUUGAAACGGGGAGAUACUACAUGAACUUGUCCAAUAAUACCACAGCUUUUUUAAUUGUAUUUUUUUAAAUACUUUUUAUUUAUUGGUUUUAGAUCACAACAAGAUUCUGAAAAGGAAAUAAUUAACCUAAACAGGCCAAUAAUCAGCAUUUCAUAAAACAAUAUAAUGGUACACACACACAGACGCGUACCCCCUCAUGCGUACACACAUUUGCACUUCUACACUCGCAUACAUGCACCAAUUCACACACACGUGUCCACCCACACCCGUCUGUUUAAAACAUGUACAUUUUAUCUCCUGUUAGGGCCUAUAAAUAUUUCACAAUAUAAUGUCUGUUUUUUUAUACUUUUUCCCCAUCAUAUCUCAAAUAGUCAUUUGGUUUCUUAUUCUAUGAGUUAUCAUUUUCCAUACUAUAGAUUUAAUUAAUUGUUUCUUUCCAAUUGCUUAUUUGUGGUGCCAGCGGUUUAAGCCAGUAUCUAGGGAUUUGUUUAAGUGCUGUUAUUCUCAGAAUUCUGAAAAGGUACUUAUCAGAUUCAAGGACCAGUGCAUGAGGGGUUCUCCCUAGGAACAUGUGUUCUGGAUUUAGAGAAAGUGAGCAUUCAAGCGUAUCAUCCAAUACGUUGUAUACUUCGGUCCAGAAAUGACUGAGGACUGGGCAGGAAUAUAGUAUAUGGGUGUGGUUAGCCCUGCUCUCCCCACAGUUACGCCAGCAAUUUGGUGUGAUGUCACGGUUGUAUUGUUGUUGUAUUAUAGGAGUUACGAAACAUCUUGACUGAAUUUUCCAAGAGUAUCCCUCCAGAGUAGAGAGUUAGUUGUUCUUCUAGAUAUGUCCUCCCAGUCCUCUGGGGUUAUUACUAUUUGCACCUUGUCUUUUCAAUUGGUUACCACUAUAAUAUUCUCAUAUUUAGUUUCUUCUUCAAUCAUUCUGUAUAUGUGCCCCAGCACAUUCUUGGCAUUUACCUUGUUAGAUGUCUUUGCUAUAUAUCUAAUUAAAGGAUGGAUAUCAUUAAGCGUUUUAUUAGGUCCUACUGCUUUAGUAAGAUAACUUCUUACUUGUAAAUGAUUGUAAAACAGAGUUCUGAAGGUUGUAUUUUUUUUGAUAGAUUCUCAAAUAUAUCUAUCCCCUUAUCUGUGAACAUCUGAUGAUACCUGGUCAGUCUUUUUUCAGCCCAUAAUUUUAAAUGUAUCACCAAUCGUACUUGGCUUAAAGUCUCCGUCCAUUCCAAUUUCUCGCAGGUAGAUCAAGUCUGUUUGGAUGCUUUUUGUUUUGGUGAUCUUUGUCCAGACCUUUAUGUUAUUUAUACAGGUAUUUUUUGAUCUUCCUAGUGUGUGUUUGAUUGUCUUCCUAAAAAUAGUAGUACUUAUUGGUUUUGUCCAUCUGUCUCCAUUUAGUGGUUGAUGCUGGGUUCAUCCAUACAAUAAUUGAUUUUAGUUGGGCGGCCUAGUCCCGCUGCUUGUUUACGUUGUUUGAUUGUUUUACGUUUGACACUGGCUUUUCUUCCUCUCCAGAUGAAUUUACUCAGGCCUGUGUCCCACUGUUCAAAAAUUAUUUGGACUAAUAGUUAUUGGUCGAUUCUGGAACAGGAGUACAAAUCUUGGGAGAACAUUUCAUUUUAAUUGUUUCAAUUCUUCCUGUUAUUUUAUCUUUGUAGGCCCUGUUUAAGCUGGUUUUCCAGUGUUCCAAAGUUAUACUGAUGUAGUGUCAUCAGAUCUUGGGGGAUAGUAAUCCCUAAGUAUUUCAGUUUAUUUUGAUCCCAUUUAAGUUUAAACUUAGUUUUGAUGUCUUGGGAUAUUGGUUGACCUACCGUCAUUGUGUCUGAUUUCCCUGUAUUUAGUUUGUACCCAGAUACGACACUUUGUAUUUCAUCCAUAGUGGCGGGAACUGACUGGUAUGUUUGUUAAGUAGAGAAUCACAUCGUCUGCGUACAUUUUAUUUUAUUUUUUACUUCAGUUUAUUUUGUAAAUACUUUCUUAACACGUAUUUUUCUUAAAACUGCAUUGUUGGUUAAGGGCUUGUAAGUAAGCAUUUCACUGUAAGGUCUACACCUGUUGUAUUCGGCGCAUGUAAUAAAUACAAUUUGACUUGAUUUGCUAAGUUGUGUUCUUCCUGAUCGAUCUGUAGACCUUGUCGUUUCUGAUUGUUUGUUAUACACUGAGUGUACAAAACAUUAGGAACACCUUCCUAAUAUUGAGUUGCACCCCCUUUUGCCCUCAGAACAGCCUCAAUUCGUCGGGGCUCUAUAAGGUGUCAAAAGCGUUUCACAGGGAUGCUGGCCCAUGUUGACUCCAAUGCUUCCCACAGUUGUGUCAAGUUGGCUGGAUGUCCUUUGGGUGGUGGACCAUUCUUGAUACACAUGGAAACUGUUGAGCUUGAAAACCAAGCUGCGUUGCCGUUCUUGACACACUCAAACCGGUGCGCCUGGCACCUACUACCAUACCCCGUUCAAAGGCACUUAAAUAUUUUGGCUUGCCCAUUCACCCUCUGAAUGGCACACAUACACAAUCCAUGUCUCUAGGCUUAAAAAUCCUUCUUUAACCUGUGUCCUCCCCUUCAUCUACACUGAUUGAAGUGGAUUUAACAGGUGACAUCAAUAAGGGAUCAUAGCUUUCACCUGGAUUCACCUGGGCAGUCUAUGUCAUGGAAAGAGCAGAGUUCCUAAUGUUUUAUACACUCAGUGUAUUUUCGGCUAACGGUUCCAUACUAAAAAUGAAGAUUAAAGGCUUUAUUUUACUUUUGCUACGGUGUUCCCUACUGAACAGGACCCAGGUAUCCUGUUGUUGGUGAGUUUCUUGCCACUGACAGUAAACUGAUUUAUGUUAUGUGGCAUGAUGACAUAUAGGAUGUUCAGCUGGCGGAGGCUUGUUCAGAGAGGGACACGUGGAAGAGACAACAGGAGCAGAAGACAAAUGCGAGACUUCUACUUGAUGCACAGAUAGGACUACUGAAAGGGUAUGUCAUUUCACAUUUUGACCUCGACACAAAAAGUCUGGCAUAUUGUUAAUCUAGGUCUUUGAGGCAAUAAAUUGUGUUCUUUCAUUUUUAAGCUUUUCAGAUUUGUGGGCAAGUGGCAAUUGCUUAUUGAUGUUUCAUUACAGCCAAAUAGCAGACGUUACUGCAAAGCUACAGAAAGAGAGGGAGGAAUUCACUGCUGCAAAUGAGGUCUUACUGCUAAAAGUGGAAAAACUAAACGCUGAAAACGGAGACAUUGGCCUUGAGAACGCAACCCUAAAGGUAGGAAAAUUAAACAUCAAUAUAGACCUUUAAGUUGUGUGUGCACCAACCAAAAACUAUUGAUUUACCCUGUUUGACUAAAACUUUACCUUGAACCAUAGAGUAGCCACAAAUUAUCUAAACUACUACAUCUGUAAAUUGCUUAUAUAACAAACCUAGCUCUACUGCUUUUUAAUUUGUGUACCUUUUCUGUAUAUUCUAGCAUGUAUAAUUUAUUCCCACCUUAAUACAGGAUGAUAUGUUUAUAUACUCCCCUCCAUAUGUAUUUGGACAGUGAAGCUAACAUUUUACAUUUGGCUCUAUACUCCAGCAUUUAGGAUUUGAGAUCAAAUGUUUCAUAUGAGGCGACAGUACAGAAUCUCACCUUUUUAUUUGAGGGUUUUUUCAUAUAUGUUUUACCGUUUAGAAAUGAAAACACUUUAUAUAUCUAGUCCACCCAUUUGAAGAAGUCCUAAGUAUUUGGACAAAUUCAUAUAUAGUGUAUUAAAGUAGUAAAACGUUUAGUAUUUGGUCCCAUAUUCCUUGCACUCAAUGACUAUAUCAGGCUUGUGACUACAAACUUGUUGCAUGCAUUUGCGGUUUGGUUUUGGUUGUGUUUCGGAUUAUUUUUCCCUCAAUAGGAACUGAAUGGUGAAAGUAAGAAUAGAAGAUGUUUCUGAACACUUCUACAUUAAUGUGCAUGCUACUAUGAUCAUGGAUAAUCAUGAAUAAUGAGUAGUAAGGUGUACAGUGGUGCAAAUAUCAUACCCCCUGAAAAUGCUAACCUGCCCUGUUAUUGGUAAUGAUGAGAAGUUAACAUGUUUUAUUGUAGCCUUUGUAACCUUCUCACUCAUCAUUAUUCAUGAUUCAUUCAUGAUUUUUCUUAAUCAUGGCAUUAUCAGGAUUAAUUUACAUGUGUUCAGAAACAUCUUAUCUACUCACUUAGAAAGAAAAUGACUCAUCAUUCAGCUCCUAUUGGGCAAAACAUGAUCUAAAGCACAACGACAACAGAGUCACAAGCUUGAUAUAGUCAUUGUGUGGUAGGAAUAUCGGACCAAAUACUAAACUUCUGACCACUUUAAUACACAAAAGGGAAUUUGUCCAAAUACUUAUGACUUCUUCAAAUGGGGGGACUAGAUACAUAAAGUGCUUCCAUUUCUAAGCAGUAAAACAGAUAUGUAUGAAAAUACCCACAAAUAAAAGGUGAGAUUCUCUACUGUCGCCUGAUCUCAAAUCUAAAAUGCUGGAGCCCAGAGCCACAUUAAAAAUGUUAGCUUCACUGUCCAAAUACACAUGGAGGGGAGUGUAUGUAUGAUUAUUAGUAUGUGGCUUGUUCCCACCAUGUUCAGGAUCACAUUUGUGUAUUUAUCUCUGGUUCCAGGCGUCUAUCGUUGAGCUGGAGCUGCAGCUAGUCCAUUCUGAAGCAGCGCUAAAAGAGGAGAGCACCGUCUCGCAGGAGAGGAAAGACCAAUCAGAACAGUAUCAGAGUCAGGUAGGGAUCCCACACCCCACCACAUAUCCAAGUUCCCGUACUCACUAAUCCUAUACAAAUGUAUUGCGAGACUAAAAGGUAAGGCAGCAGCUGUCUGUUUUAUUAACCUCUUAUCGCACAUCUCUCAGGCGGCAGAGCUUCAAAUGGAGGUGGAUGAUCUGAAAAUAAAGUUGGAGAGUUUUCUGAGGGAAGCAGAGCACAUCAGAGAAGGAAGAGAUGCAGAAGUAGAGAAGGUAAAGUCUUCUGUUGGCUACAUUCAGUGUAAAGAGCUUUGUCUUAAAGGGAUAAUUCUGGAUUUUGGCGAUGAGCUAGCAUGCUAGUAGAUACCCAUAGACUUCCAGUCAUUGCGCUAAUGCUAGUUAGCAUUGGCUCUCAAAACUACCUCUAACUUCUUUCAUACUGUACACAGAGACAUAAAAAUGGUAUCUACAAGUUCAUCUGACUCUAGGGAAGUAGCUAAGGGGCCUCAUUGCCAAAAUCCCGAAGUAUCUCUUUAAAUUGGUUUUGCGUCCUUCAAAAUUGAAGCAAGAGAGAGCCCACUCAACAUGUGUAAGAAUAUCAAAUUCUUGAAAUAGUUUGAGACACAAACACUACUUGGUUUAGUGAAAUUUAAAUGAAUGUGAUAUCCUGUGUGUUUGAUAUUUGUUUACUAACAUUUGUAUUUGUCUCUUUCUGGUACCCACUGUAUUGGUUCUUAAAGGCUUUGCCUGUGCUGUUAAUCAUUUCAAAGUGCACUGUUUACAGCUUCACAUUUAUCCUCGGUGUGAAAACCAACGUAUGCUGUCAUUUAGAAUUCAGUGAUCACUAAGGUUCCCAAGUCUGCAUCCUAACUAUGGUACACCUAUCGACACGUCAGUUUAACAGGACUGGAACUUAACUGCUGCUUCUGAUUUAACCUCAUUUUGCUGAAAGCCUUCCAAAGAUUCUCUCUGAGAAAAAAUGGUGAAUGGCCAUGCCCUGCUUCCGCAUGCUUUACCUAUGCUUCAGUUACCAGUCAAGGUCCAGUCGGUGAAAGCUACUCAGAGAGGUGCAGCCAAUCAGUCAUUAACAUUUCUCUGACCCCCCUGCCUUGCCGGCCUGCACGCCCCUCCCCCGGACCCCAGGUGAGGCUGGAGCUGGAGGGGCGCGUGAAGGAACUGGAAGAGUACCCCGAGUUACUGAGCACCACGGAGCAGAGUCUGGCGGAGUGCCAGGACAACCUGAAGCGCUCCGAGAAGAGAUGUGCAGACAAGGCAGAGGCCAUUAGACAACUGCAGGUUAAGGUGUGCAUCUAGCAGUAAGACAAUAUGUAAUCUGUAGAUGGGCAAGUAAGGUUUGUGAUUGGAUGUACUUGGAGUGCAGUAAAAUAAAGUUAGGUCGCAACCCUAUGUGCCCCUUUUGUAGUUUCUGUGUUUGUAAAGCCUUGAUGACCACCUUAAACUGUUUAAACUGUGUUUCUGUUUAAUGUUUCAGCCCUGUUCAAUCAAUGCUUGCCUUUGAAUGUUGCUCAUAUCAUCAUUGUACAGUGUUGUGUGCUGUGUUGAUAACUUGAUAAGCCAAUGUAAUUCCAGUAAUUCCAUGGUAGAACUCUUUGUGGUAUUGUACUCUAUGUGCUUAAACCCUCAUUCAUGUCCCCAUAGUCAAUACUAUUAAACUGAACAUACGUUCAGCAUCUAUGAUAUCAUUCAGUCACAGUCCAACUACAUUUUUUCCCAACCACAAUUCUGAAUGUAUGAUUAUUGUGCAUCCAGGUGGAGAGACAAGGGGAGAAGAUGAGAUCAUCGGUGGACAUGAAAGAGUCUAUCCACGAGGCCAACUCACAGCUACAGCAGAAAAUGGAUGCUCUUCAAAAGUAAGAUUAUUACUUUCUCUUCUUUGAAAGAAUUAAUACAUUCUUCCAUUUGCUUUUUGGUUUUCAAUUAGUGACAUUGAAGACAUAUUGUAUUGUUUUUAAUAUGUUUUUAAGCCUGACCUGGGUGAAUUCUGAAAUGUUCUGAAAUGUUAAUGUACUGCUUAUGACUUAUAUGUAUGGGUUACGAAUGUGUUAUGAAUGUGUUCCUUAUGUAUUGCUAAUGAUGUAUUCCAGGCAGAUGGAGGAGCUUCAUGGGGAGAACCAGGAGCUGGUCCGUAGGCUGGCAGGGCAGGAGGAGGCACUACACUAUAGCAGCAGGCAGCUAGAACAGCGCUCAGCAGACUGCCAGGCUCUCAACAGACAACUGGAGGCAGCAGUGGCCGAUGUCAGGCAACAGGUACUCGGGUUAAAGUUCUCCAUCACUGCGACGGAUUUUCGUCAUAUAAGGACUGGAAUUGGUCAAACUUGCAGUUUAAAACAUGUCAAAAAUGAUCCUCUUUCCUUAAAAGCAUGAUGGUCAUUACUUUUAUUUAGUUUUACAUGAAAGGGGAGGUUAACCUGGCCCCAGACAAUGGAUCUGAGAUUAACCUGUUUCAGUCAUGUGAUUAAUUUUUUGCUUUAACCCCUGGGUACUGUAUGAUGGCUCCUGGAUAGGAUAUAAUGUGUGGAUGUGGACAGUAUUUAAUGCUCAUACACUCAGCAUAUGUUUUUAUUCAAAUCUGUUGUAUGUAUAUAGAAGCAAAUUCAAAUGCUCAGAAUAAAGGUAUAUAUUAAGUGGAACCAAUGUUCCCAGAAGGGAAUGGAAAGGCACAGAAGCGAAUUGAAGAUGGUGUUUUUUAGGAGAUUAGUUGCUGUCGAGGGUGUGGUUUCAUCUUUAUUCAUCUUUAUAUUUCUUUCAUGCCAAGGUUUCCAAAGUAAAAGACAAAGCCAUCUCCAGAGAAAGUUCCCUUCAGACCAAAAUCCUGGAGCUGGAAGCUGAGAAGAGCAGGAGAGAGAAUGAGCUGAAACAGAUGAAACAAAGCAAGCAGUCAGUAAGUACCAGACACAAUCACAUAGUGCCUUCAGAAAGUAUUCACACCCCUUGACUUUUUCAACAUUUUGUUGUGUUACAGCCUGAAUUUAAUAUUGAAUUAAUUAAUUGUUGUGACUGGCCUACACACAAUACCCCAUAAUGUCAAUGGAAUUAUAUUUUUAGAAAUGUGUACUAAUUAAUAAAAGAUGAAAAGCUGAAAUGUCUUGAGUCUAAGUAUUGAACAGCUUUUUUAUGACAGGAGUAGAAAUGUGCUUAACAAGUCACAUAAUAAGUUGCAUGGACUCACUCUGUGUGUAAUAAUGGUGUUUAACAUUAUUUUGGAAUGACUACAUCAUCUCUGUACCCCACACAUACAAUUUAUCUGUAAGGUCCCUCAGUUGAGCAGUGAAUUUCAAACACAGAUUCAACCACAAAGACCAGGGAGGCUUUCCAAUGCCUCGCAAAGAAGGGCACCUAUUGGUAGAUUGGUCAAAAUAAAAUAAAAACAGACAUUGAAUAUCCCUUUGAGCAUGGUGAAGUUAUUAAUUACACUUUGGAUGGUGUAUCAAUACACCCAGUCACUACAAAGAUGCAGGCUUCCAUCCUAACUCAGUUGCCAGAGAGAAAGGAAAUCGCUCAGGAAUUUCACCAUGAGGCGACUUUAAAACAGUUGGAGUUUAAUGGCUGUGAUAGGAGAAACCUGAGGAUGGAUCAACAACAUUGUAGUUACUCCACAAUACUAACCUAAUUGACAGAGUGAAAAGAAGGAAGCCUGUACAGAAUAAAAAUAUUCCAAAACAUGCAUCCUGUUUGCAACAAGGCACUAAAGUAAUACUGCAAAAAAUGGUGGCAAAGCUAUACACUUUUUGUCUUGAACACAAAGUGUCAUGUUAGUGGCAAAUCCAAUACAACACAUUACUGAAUACCACUCUCCAUAUUUUCAAGCAUAGUGGUGGCUGCAUCAUGUUAUGGGUAUUGCAAGCAUUAAGGACUGGGGAGUUUUUCAGGAUAAAAAUAAAUGUAAUGGAGCUAAGCACAGGCAAAUCCUGGAGGAAAACCUGGUUCAGUCUGCUUUCCACCAGACACUGGGAGGUGAAUUCACCUUCCAGCAAAGCCAAAUCUACACUGGAGUUGCUUACCAAGAAGACAGUGAAUGUUCCUGAGUGGCCGAGUUGCAGUUUUGACUUAAAUCUACUUGAAAAUCUAUGGCAAGACCUGAAAAUGGUUCUCUAGCAAUGAUCAACAACCAAUUUGACAGAGCUUGAAGAAUAACAAAGUAUUGACUCGGGUGUGAAUACUUAUGUAAAUGUGAUAUUUCUGUAUUUCAUUUUGAAUACAUUUGCUAACAUUUCUAAAAAUGUUUUCACUUUGUCAUUAUAGGGUAUUGUGUGUAUAUUGGUGAGUUUUUAAUUUAUUUAAUCCAUUUUGAAUUCAGGCUGUAAGACAACAAAAUGUGGACUAAAUCAAGGGGUAUGAAUACUUUCUGAAGGCACUGUAGCUACGAUUGCCUACUGCAAACCAUGUGACAUUUUCCCCCAUAUCCCUCAAAGCUAAUGAGAACACAGUACAGUACUUUUUGAUGCCAUACAAUACCCAAUGAGUCAGACCAUUUUUUAUUUUAAAGCAUAGUAGUACAUACAGUGCAUUCGGAAAGUAUUCAGCUAAACAGGUGGGGCUCAGCCCUACUUGCCUUGAAUGACGGGUCGCCACUGGCACUGUAAAACAGUGCAUUUGGAACGUUUUCAGACCCCUUGACUUUUUCCACAUUUUAUUGCGGUACAGCCUUAUUCUAAAAUGGAUUGAAUAAAAAAAUAUCCUUAUCAAUCUACACACAAUACCCCAUAAUGACAAAGCGAAAACUGUUUUUUUUGCUAAUUUAUUUUAAAUUAAAAACAUCAAUACCAUAUUUACAUAAGUAUUUAGACCCUUCGCUAUGAGACUCGAAAUUGAGCUCAGGUUCAAACUGUUUCCGUUGAUCAUCCUUGAGAUGUUUCUACAACUUGAUUGGAGUCAACCUGUGGUAAAUUCAAUUGAUUGGACAUGAUUUGGAAAGGCACACACCUGUCUAUAUAAGGUCCCACAGUUGACAGUGCAUGUCAGAGCAAAAACCAAGCCAUGAGGUCAAACGAAUUGUCUGUAGAGCUCCGGGACAGGGUUGUGUCGAGGCACAGAUCUGGGGAAGCAUUGAAGGUCCCCUACAACACAGUAGCCUCCAUCAUUCUUAAAAGGAAGAAGUUUGGAACCACCAAGACCACCAAGAAGCUGUCCACCCGGCCAAAAUGAGCAAUCGGGGGAGAAGGGCCUUGGUCAGGGAGGUGACCAAGAACCUGAUGGUCACUCUGACAGAGCUCCAGAGUUCCUCUGUGGAGAUGGGAGAACCUUCCAGAAGGACCACCAUCUCUGCAGAACUCCACCAAUGAGGCCUUUAUGGUAGAGUGGCCAGACGGAAGCCACUCCUCAGUAAAAGGCACAUGACAGCCCGCUUGGAGUUUGCCAAAAGGCACCUAAAGGACUCUCAGACCAUGAGAAACAAGAUUCUCUGGUCUGAUGAAACCAAGAUUGAACUCUUUGGCCUGAAUGCCAAGUGUCACAUCUGGAGGAAACCUGGCACCAUCCCUACGGUGAAGCAUGGUGGUGGCAGCAUCAUGCUGUGGGGAUGUUUUUCAGCGGCAGGGACUGGGAGACUAGUCAAGAUCGAGGGAAAGAUUAACAGAGCAAAGUACAGAGAGAUCCUUGAUGAAAACCUGCUCCAGAUCGCUUCAGAGCGGGUGAUUUAAUCAAUUUUAGAAUAAGGCUAUAAUGUAACAAAGUGGAAAAAUAUCAAGGGGUGUAAAUACUUUCUGAAUGCACUGUACAUUUGUCAGGUCAAUGGAUUGAAUUCCUUGGUGAAUUAAAUAAUGUUGAAAGUGUUUAGAGUAAUAACUGUUGUUUUGAGUUUGAGCGUGAAGCCUUAUUGUCCUAUGUGAAUGAGCAUAUUUUAUCCGAUUUUUGUUUUACCCUAACUGCACUACAAAUGUCAAUAAAGAGAUUGAUUGGUUGUGUUGCUCUGCAGGCUGAGAAGCAGUUUGAGGUGCGUCUAAAGGACCUGCAGCUCAGCCUGGACCAGUCAGAAAGCCACAAACAGAGCAUUCAGAACUACGUAGACUUCCUCAAAAACUCUUACGCCACCAUGUUUGAUGAGGGACUACCACAGGCACCGUCUAGUUUUGGAUCGUCCUACUUUUUAAAAUGAUGAUUAUUUAUUUAUUUUUAUUCAUUUAGCAGACGCUC